AUGUCCCUCCCCGAAGAACGUCUUUGGCGCUUCCGCAAGCCAGAAUGGCUUAACAGCAUUUGGGUGCGGAACGCGGGUGUUUAUACGGCCGGCGGGCUGUUCUCCCUCGCCUUCUACACCCUCCUAGACUCUGCCGUCUGGUCUAAGUCCUCCCGCAACGGCUCCACCAUCCACGUCGGCUUCGUCGACUGGCUUCCCUUCAUCUUUUCAGCUCUUGGCAUGCUCGUGAUCAGCAACAUUGAGAAAUCCCGCCUCUCCUCCGAGUCCUUCAGCUACACGGGGUAUUCGUCGAGCGUCGCGUGGAAGGCGCGCGUCAUUUUGUUUCUCGGGUUCGCCAGUCUGGCGGGCGGCAUGGCGGGCGGUGUGACGGUUUUCGUGCUGAAGUAUGUCGUGCCGGGCGUGCAGUGGCCGGCGCUGGGGAUGGGCGUGGAAAACUUGGUGUCGAACUUUUUGGUCGGGUUGAGUACGGUUGUGUUGUGGGCCGCUGUCAGGAUCCUCAGUGGUGGCAUAACCCCAUUCGACCUCGGCGCUUAUUACUUCAAAACACCUACCGGCAAGUUGUACACGUUUGAAUAA